CCGUUAGUGGGCUCCAAUCGGUUCCACCACCGGCGCAGUCCGUAUCUCGUCAGGUCUAUAGGCUCAACAUCCGAUUCAUCGUUGGCCGAUUUGGCGUUUAUAUUCGACCCCGUACAUUUGCUGCAUAGUUGCCCUAUGAUCUGGAUUCCCGAUUAUCCCGCAUUGCCCGCAUAUUCCGGACUGUCUGGAUUCCUAGAAACGGUCCCUCUCUUUUUUCUUCCCUUUUUUCUCUUUUCCUUUUUUUCUCUAGUGACUUCAACUGCAUUAGACAGUGCAUGCGGGUUUAGGCUGUGGAGCCGAGUCGAGACCCGGCUGUCGUCAACUCUACUACCGAAGCAAUGUCUCACCGCCGACAGCGAACUCCUCUUGCUAUUCAUACAUACAUACAUGAUACUUAGCUACCUUAGCUUGCCUAGGUUACCCCUUGUCCCACGAGGCUGCUGCUGCAAGGCGCUAAAGAAGGGGGAAAGGUGGGUAGUGGAGAAAGCUGCGGCCAUUCGGGACUCUGCCUGUUCCGGAGGAGAUUGAAGCAGCUUCCAGUCGAACUUAGCGAAGGCCUUCCCCGACCGAACCGCGCAUGUACACUUGUUGUACUCGCAAGUGGUCAAAAUUGCUCCUCCUGCCCUAAUUAUCUUGCCCCUGGC